AACUUCAGCAGUGGAUGGAACCCUUGAGGAUGAUGAUGAUGAGGAGAAGGCAAUUGGUGUUUCUCCAGAUGGAAGGUUUCUUAAAUUUGAGGAGGAGAUUGGAAGAGGAAGUUUUAAGACCGUGUACCGAGGCCUUGACACACAGACUGGUGUUGCAGUCGCAUGGUGUGAGUUACAGGAGAAGAAAUUGAAUAAGACUGAACGAUUGAGAUUCCGAGAAGAGGCAGAGAUGCUAAAAGGCUUACAACAUCCAAACAUUGUCCGCUUCUAUGACUAUUGGGAGGUGACUUUGACAAAAAGGAAGUACAUUGUUCUUGUUACUGAGCUCAUGACAUCUGGAACACUCAAAACUUACCUAAGGAGAUUUAAGAAAAUCAAUCCUAAGGUUUUGAAGUCGUGGUGUCGACAAAUCCUAAAGGGUUUAAGCUUCCUGCAUUCAAGAACCCCACCAAUUAUACACCGUGAUCUGAAAUGUGACAAUAUCUUCAUUACGGGAACAACAGGCAGUGUCAAGAUUGGUGAUCUUGGUCUUGCAACUCUUAAAAACAGGUCGUUUGCUAAAUCUGUGAUAGGAACUCCAGAAUUUAUGGCUCCAGAGAUGUAUGAAGAACACUAUGAUGAGAGUGUGGACGUGUACGCAUUUGGGAUGUGCAUGUUGGAGAUGGCCACAUCAGAGUAUCCAUACUCAGAAUGCACAGGACCUGCCCAGAUUUACAAAAAAGUUAUCAGUGGAGUAAAACCAAUGAGCUAUGAGAAAGUAGAAAACCCAGAAAUUAAAGAUAUUAUUGAACACUGUAUAAGGCCUAGGAAAGAAGACAGGCCUGGCGUAAAGGAUUUGUUGGUUCAUGAGUUCUUUGCUGAAGAUCUGGGAUUGAGGUUAGAGAUUAUAUCACGAGAAGAGGCGAUAGCUUCUGCUUCAGCAAAGGUGGAGUUCAGGCUGCGAGUAUUAGACCCAAAGAAACGCAGCAACAAGCACAAAGAAAAUGAAGCCAUUCAGUUUGAGUUUGACAUUCAGGCAGAUAAUGCAGAAGAAGUGGCUAGUGAAAUGGCAAAGUCUGGACUCAUAAUGGAAGAUGAUGCCAGAGCUGUAGCCAAAAUGUUAAAAAAUAGUAUUUCAACUUUGACUAAAGAGAGGGAGGAUCGGAAACAUCUGGAACGCGAGGUAGAUGUUGUAGUAGAGAUAUCUCCAGACUCCAGUUAUAUGUCUCAGAGCAAACCAGACAGGGCACUGGCAACAGGUCAAACUCUCUACGUGCAACAGCAACAAGUGCUGCCUCAAGUCCCACCACAGCAAGUGCUACCACAACAGCAACAGACUGGCAUAGUUCAUGGCAGUUAUAUAACUCCGUUCACUUCGUUAUGCCAGCAACAAGCAAUGCAUGUAGUAGUUCAGCAGCCCACUGUACCAGCUGCUCAGCAGCAGGAGCAGACAUCUUCCCAGCAGCAACAGACACAGAAGUUGUAUAUUGCAACUAACUAUCAGCAAUCUGGUGUCCCACCUGUGAUUUUACAACAGCCGACUAACCAGCAGUCUCCUCAUCAGACGAAAUCACUGGGGGCCAGUAACACUGCCCAGUAUCAUCCUCAACCAGACAUUCCACAACAUGAAUCACAGAUGGCUGCAACUAGUGCCAGUACUGCACCGAUCUUAGGAUCAGGGGUGACUUCAAGUGACAUAUCAAACGUAAGUUUUCUACAGGAUAUGCCACAAAAUUCAAAUUGUAAUCAAGCUUCAUCUGAUUGCAGUACAGCUUCCAAACCUAAUGCUAAUGCUAACACUAACCUCGUACAACCAAUAACUUUAAAAAUUCCAUAUGCUUCAUUUCUGCAAAAUACUAAUGCACAGGUGCUUACAUGUUGCCAGUUUUCAAAAGUAGAUCCAUUGCCUUUACAGCAGACUGCUCCAGUCAUACUUCUCCAGCAACCUAGUCCUACAGCCUUUGUAGUCAAUGGAGAUGCUUCUUCUGUUCCUGAAACCUACACACAAAACACUUCAUCUGUGCUGCAGUACCAUUUACAGCAGCAUGCAAUGUCAGAUUUUGUGCCAGCCAGUAGUGAGAGUUAUGCUCUGUCCCCUGUCAUGACUCCAGUUCCUACACCAAACCCACCUUCAACACCUAUCCCAGGGGCUCCUAACACUCCAUUCUUAAACCUUAAUUUACAGAUCCCAACGAAAGAUGUGUAUUGUGUGAGUAAAACCUCUCCAGUUUUACAAAAUGCUGAACUGACUUGUAAAUUUAAUCAGGUGCAAAACUUUCAGGCAGAACAUGGCCAGUUUCAGGGAGUUGUAUAUUCUGAUAAAGUUGAUCAGACAUCAGAUUAUGAGACUCCACAGUCAUGUGUAAAUGUGACUGGAUCACAGAAUUACCAGUCAAAUGCUACAAGUAUCAGUCAUAUUAAUGAUCAGUUACUGAACAUUCAAAUUAAUGAAUUACCACUACAUGACCAGCAAUUUGAUACACAGAAAAGGCUACAACAGAAACAGUAUUCUGCUCGAGCUAAAACAAAGGAUGUAAACAAGGUGAGUGAAAUCCACCAUUUGAAACAAGAAGCCAUUCACAAUGCAGGAGAAUUCUUUGAAGAAGGCUUACAUAGUGCAAAUCAAUGUAUAAGCAGUAAACUAGACCCAAAAACCCAUAUAAACCAUGAAAUGAGCAGUGUGAAAACCUCAAAUACAGUAAAUGUUUGUACUCAACAAAUUCACAAUAAGGAGGAAACACAAAGAGCACUUGAAUGUUUGAAAAAGGACCAAGAAGAAAUUGGUACACAAACAACACCUUCAUUGGACUGUGGGUCAACAGUGGUGGAUUCACCAGCCAAUAAGGAAACUGGUUCUGGUUCCUCAGUACUUUACCCAUUAUUGGGUUAUACUGCAGAGCCUGUGCAGGCAUCAGAAGCAGUACAAAUAUUGCAAAGUUUGCCAUUACCAACUUCAGUUUCUGAUGAGAUGGCAGCCCAGGGUCACAUGCAAAAUAGAAGAAAUUCUUCAGCAAUGUCCAGUGUGCAAGGAUCUCCAACAAGAUCCACUACAAAGCUGAAUGAAGGCGGAAGCCCUCGACAAGGAUACCAAAAUGGAUUAUUAAUUAGUGACCUUCCUCAUACCUCAUCAGAUCAAAUGCCCUCACAUUGUAUCAGAACUACUUUAUCAGAACUUAUAUCGUCAUCUGACCUGGAGUCUUGUUCUGAGACACAGAGUGCUCCUGCUGUUCCUGCUGCAGAAGUUCCUAUUGAGAAACGUUCUAAAAGAACAGGAACAAAACGACGUAAGACUGUAGGUGAUCGUGGACCCAAAUUGAUUGUUCUGUCUUUGGGUAAUGGUGGGGGUGUUGUGGAAUGCCAGCUGGAGUCCAGCAAACACAGGACGGUGACAUUCACCUUCCAUAUACAAGAUGUGGUUCCACAGGAUAUUGCAACCAACUUGGUGGCUGAGAACCUUCUGCCAGAACACCAGUCUGAUAUAUUUGUGGACUUGAUAAAAGAUAUUGUACAGCAGUUAAAAGAUAAUCCUGAUCGUUUGCCUGUGUUGCCUCACUGCCCAUUAGAUAGCCCUGUAACUAGUAGGAAGCCGCGAGACAGAGAACGUGAUCCAUUGGCUGAGUCACAGACAAGGGUACGUCAUUCUUCACUAACUCGUCAGAGUUCUCAUCGGGCUUCAUAUAAAGGUCACAGGCGACAUCGUUCGAAGGAUGAAACAGCCACAGUAGCAAAGCUGAUGGAUCCCAUAGUGAGAGAGAGAGCAUCAUUAUCAGGGCCAAGCAGCCCCAUGCAUGUUGUACAGCAGCACCCUUUGGCAGCCAUUUCAAGUACUACAGUUGGCCCUUUGCCGCAGCGCCUAAUAUCUCGCUUUAUGGUGAGCACUGUUGAUGAAAGUGCAUCUUCAUCUAGUCUUGUUGGCUCCAUGUCAACUCCAGUGUGCUCCUCAGCGAUUGCAGAUCCAUCUGUCACCCUUCUUCGUUUACCAUCUCUCGAUCUGUCAAAACAAAGUGCGGACCAGGUUGAAGUGAAAUGCUUAUCUAAUGACAGGACAGUUUUGGGAGAGACAGAAACCCAUUCCAUAAUUUAUAGUGAUACAGAAGGAAAUGUCAGCAAUAUAGGAAAGAAAGUUGCAGUUGGAAGGGAGAAUCUAAGCAAUGAAGAUGUUAGGAAACAGUCAUCUGCUUCUACAGAUACCAUUCCUACAUUCUCAGUGGAUGUUAAUUAUGACCUGAAUUCUUCAGAAUCUCAGUCUCAGCACACUGAAAUGCCAGGCACACAAUCCGAAAUAUCCAUGAGUUCCUCUACAGAUGUAUAUUCAUCUAAACGUUCAAGCAUAAAUGACCCAGAUGUUCAAUUGGGGUUGCUUGAGAUUGAUACAUUUAUGCACACCAUGCCUGAACCUUCCACACAGGACCAUAUCAUGGCUUCAAAUGGUCAACUUAUUGAAGGAACUCCAUCUCACUUAUCACAAACUCAGGGACAGUUUGGCACAGUUCUGGUAAUGGAUGGAACACAACUAGAACAGGGUGUAAAGAAAAUGACUUUAACUCAAGUAAUACAAGACACGCAAUUGUCCGACCUCUCUGGAAGUGAAGGCCCUAGCCGGAAAACAAGUUUUAUAUCUGAGAGAUCAACAGAAUUUGAUGAAGCUAUGAACACAGCUGAAGUCUAUAAAUAUGCAUCAGAAGUCAUUCCAUCAUGCCAUUCACCUGCAGAGCCUCAGCAGCAGCAGCAACAAACUAAUUUGCAGACCACUUUUCCACUGGCUAGUCAAUUAUCCACAUCACAAGCUAUGCCUGGAGCCAGCCAGACACCAACUCAGCAGUACACCCCUGAGAAUACCAUCAUGCCUGCAGUUGAUCAGCAAGCAUUGUCAAUGCAUCCUAGAUUGUCACAGCAGAAUUCUCUGGAGAAAGACAGUGGCCCACAAACAAUAGCAGAUUUACAGCAGAAGCUGCUGCAGCUUACAUCACAGCCAUCAUCAGAACGUGUAUUGACUGCAACCCCCCCAUCCCACCCUGCUACUCCUCAAGUUCAGCAUACCUAUGACAGCUACAUGCAGACAUUACAACAGAAACUAGCAUCCAUAUCAAUGCCUAGUGGCCACAGCCUGGGCCCAUUGUCACCACAGAGCACGUUACAUGCAGCUGUAGCUAGUAGUUCUGUGAUUCCUACAGCUGUUGAUAUUAUAUCUCAGCCAAUGAUGCAGACAGGUGUAAUGGGCAUUGAGGGCUUAGCAGUUUUACCAACUGAUCAGCCAGUCAUUGUUCAGCCUUUGGCUGUAUUAGCUCCAGUUCAACAGAUGUCAAUAACGCCUCUUGUGGAUAGCAGUAAUAGUAGUAGUGGAGUCAUGUCACCUAGUCAGAUAGCAUCAAAGGAAGAUAUUCAGCGUCAACUGAGGCCACGACCAGCGGCAAUUGACCUGCACGAUCUUGAACAGGAGUUGGCAAAGAUACAUACUAGCCACCGUCAUGUUGCUUUAAGUCAGGCACCAAGCAUUAUACAGCUGGGCAUUAGUCCUGCAGCGCAGGUAAUACCACAGCCCAUGGCUCAACUGCUGACUACUGUACCCUUGGCAGUACCAACUCCUGUUCAGCCAGCAAAUACUCCGGUAUUCCCUCCUACUGUACUGAAUCCAAACAUGCCACUAGUUACUGACAUCAGUGUUAACACUACACCAGAUGAAGCUGUCAUAGUGGUGAAUCACUCUGAGGCUUUGGAGACCCAAACCAGGGGUUUGCGUUAUAACAAGGAAAUUUCAGAGGAUUCCCAAGAGCGUGUUGUUUCUGAUACAGCAAUGGUUGAGAGUGAAACCCAAACUGCAGAUCUGUUUAUGACAGAAUGCCAAACUAUGACAUCAGAUACAAAUCUUGUACAUAAAAACAAAGGCCCUGCAAGGAGAGAACCACAAGAGGAGAAGUCAUUUGAUGAAAAUAAACAGCAGGAGCACAAGGCAAAGCAUGAACAAAAGAAGACAGAUGACAAUUUAACUGUAAAAAGAAUAUCCAGAUUUCAAGUGAGCAUUGUACAAGAGGAUAUGUCUGUGGCAGUUUCAUCUCAAGCUUCUUGGAGUUCAGACACAAGUAAUAAGCCAAUAACCACAACAGCUGUAAAGCGAGGUAGAUUUAGUGUGGUUACCCACACAGAUGAUAUAACUCCUGUGAUGCCACAAAUUCCAACAUCACAAGUAUCUGAGGAUCAGAUUCCAACAACACUGUCAGCACUUGGUAAUAGGUUUUCCACAAUUCCACCACUACCUGAUAACAGGACUCUUGCAUCACCACCAGUAUUUGAUAAUGCACCAGAUUCCCAGCUGUUAACAGAGAGUGACUACACUCUUCAAAUACUUCACAAAGCAAAACCAAUACCAUUAGUUUCCUCGGGAACGGGACUUGUUACUUCGUCCAGUGGUUCUAGUUGCAAGUUUACUUCAGCAGGUGCCAAGAAUGUUGUUGCUACAAAUGCCACUGCAAAGCAACUUAUAACAGUUCCAAAAUCUGCUGUUGAUAUGAAUACUGAAUCAGUAUCGUGUGGCCACAUUGAACCACAGGCAGCAUUUCGACUUCGUACACCACCUGUGUCACGGAAACGGCAGUUGCCAUUGACACCUGCUGUGGACAGCCAAUGGAAGCCACUUGUACCAUGUUGUGGACUGGAAAGUGGAGUCAGUGUAAGUGAUCCUGGUAACUUGAUGUCUCAACCACCAUAUCAUAAUACCAUCCAGAGUAACCAGUCUGAGAAUGACAAUGGAAACCAGGAAAGCAGAAUUGAUGUUCAACAGCAAAUGCUUCAUUCAGUGGCAGCUGUACCAUUAACAACACAACCUACCAAUAUUAACAUCCAAAGUACCACACAACACAAUGUUACCCAAGUUGCGAGUAUUUCUCAUCAGCCCAGUACUUCUAACAUCCCUGUUUACCAGAGUGAAAUACAUACACUUCCAGUGAUGCACACAGUUCAAAAUAAUAAUAACCAUCGAUUACAGUACCAGAAUGUUUCUGGUUUCUGCUCAGUAGCAGCACUACCACUAAAUGUUUCCAUUAAAUCAGAUAACGAAGGGACAAUUAGAACACGAGAUAUUCAUUAUCCAAACCUCGUAAUAAAUCAGAACCCAGUUGAAUUGCCAAGAUUCUCUUUGAAUACAAUUCAUACACAAACAGGACAUCACAACAUUGAAAACUGUGAGAGGAUCACAGAUAAAUACAAUUCCUCUUGUAGUACGCAGUCACAUAAACUAUAUCAGCAAGAAUCAGUGGUUGGUUACAAACAAGGUAAUGCAAAUCUCAUUGCAGGAUUUCCUAAUCAGAUCAAAAAAAAAAUUAAUAUUCCAAUUCAAAAGUCAAGGCAACAGUCCAUGGUGAGACAGAAUAAUCACCCUGCUCAGCAACAGUAUUUUCCAACCCAGACAGUAUCACCAUCAAAAUUGCCUUUGAAACGAGCUGGAAGUGUUAAUAUUGCUUCCGUGUCCCAGGGAGUGAAUACUAGUCAUCGUUACAGGAAGUACAGUAGUAAUGUACCUUACUUUGAUCGUGAUAAUUCACUGAGAAGUAUUGAAGAAGGUAGAAGUGAUUUUGGAAAUCACUUAAAACCUGGUUCAAAAUUUCAUGACCACUUCAGUGAGUCUUACCUAGUUCAAAGUCUAGGCUCCAAUAAUCAGAAAAUAUCAGAGCCAUGUGAUGUUAAGAACUUAAAAGAGCUGUCAGAACAUGGUGAAUCAAAUCCUAUCUGCACUGAAUUUUCAAAGACAAACCUUGUACAUGCCAACAGUGUUGCAGACUUUAGACAGUUUCAUCUUGCACCAACAUACAGGAAUUCUCAAGACAAUAGAAGGUUUCGAACCAUAAGUACAAGUAAAAUUUCAACACUAGAUGAAGGGAAAGGGACAACGGUGAAGCCUAAGAAAACUUAUCAACCCAUACAGAAGUGGUCCAGUUUUUCUAACCUUGAGAAAGUUGAUAAAUGUGGAAUUGUUUCUGGGAACAUCAGUGAAGCUUCAAAACAGUUUGCGAAAAGUAGCAUUCAUGAAUUGAAACCACUACAGCAACGCAGGAAGCUACCUGUUCCUCCAUAUACAUCUAAACCCUUUGAUAUAAAGUAUCCAGAUCCCUCAACUUCAGUUUUUGCCCAGAAAUUAUCUUCAUCUCAGAUAUCAAAUAAACAUGCCUCAACAGGUGACUUGACUACAGACCAUCCAUUUCCUUCAGAAAAUCCACAGUAUCGCCGUUGUACCAGCAUUGAAACAUCAGCAUUACAAAACAAGUUUCCAUCACAGCAUCUACCUGGUACCUCUCCAGACAUCCAUUACCAUCAUAACACUGGUUCUGUAUUAAAUGCAUGGCACAGUACUACAGAUAUUGUAAAGGAUGUGAAUAAUCCAUUUAGAAAACUCAUUAAACCAUCACACCUGUCAUUGAGCCAAGAAUCCUGUAAUGCAAAGCCCAAUUAUCCUCAGUCCCACAGUAAUAAAAAAAAUUAUGAAUGCUUUAGUAAUGUCACUGAUAAUGACAAUGAUCCUCCUGUCAAGAAAACUACAAAACCAUGCUACCUGUCACUGAGUCAAGAGCCAAGAGAUCUGAUCAGAGCAAAACUGAAACAAGCAAAGAGUAUGAGCAACCUUCCGCUAUUUAACAGAAACCAGCCAGUGCGUGUCAGUUCAAGUUCCUCCAUGAACUCUAGUCCUAGUAUGUCACGUACAUCUCUUCACCCUAAUGAUGCUUUCUCGAUCCACCAAAAUAGAAAUGGCUUAAGAACUCACCUGUCACAUUCAGAGGAUUUGCUUAGGGACUUGGAACCAGUGUAUCAUACAGUUCAUGCUGGCAUGAGACCACCAAAAUAUUUAAUGGAAUGGGAACAUAAGCUGCAUUAUUCCAUCAAUAAGGAACUGGAAGAUGUUGGCAACUCAUCAGAAGCGAACUCAGAUGAUAUGGAAUAUUUGGACAGCCGAUCUUACUUUGAAGAUGAGGAAUCUCAAGAUGAUGAUAUGUUCUACUCUCAUGUAAUUCCAUCAACAUCACCCCAAGACCAGGAGAAUAUUAAUUAUAGAUUUUACAGGGAUACUGAGGAUUAUGUUGAUGAUGAGGGGAAUUUGCGAACUAAUCCUGUUCUUGGAAGGACAACAGAGCAGGCAUUGAAAGCCGAAUGUUUGUGUCGGUCUCCAACGGCAAGCACCAAGCCUCUACUCCAGUUUCAUAGAUCACAAGAAGAGUUACAGACACAGCAUAAGAAAUCUCUGGAAUUAGGAACUUCUGCUGCAGGGCAAACUCAAAAAAGGUCAGAAGAUGCAAGUCAGAAGUGUGAAGUUCUUUCUCAGUUGCCUUACAGUGGUGAAGAUCAAGUAAUACCAUCUGGUGGCAGAUUUGAGAACUGCAGCAAUCCAAAUUUUGAUGGCAGAAGGAGAAAUAAACUUCCAACACAAUAUGUUUCAAGCCACAGGGGUAGAGAAAGAGACUUGGGUCAACAGACUGUGAUGGAUUCUGAGUCUGAAGAGGAAUUUAUUGCACAGUCAUGGAUGAAUACUGAUGGAUUUAGACUACUUCUCAAAAGGCAGCAUCUAGAAAGGGAAGCAUUGAAGCAAAAGCACCAAGAUGAGAUUGACGCAUUCCACCAUCAACAGUUGAUGCAGCAGUUGAAUAUGAAUACCAGCAAGUUUGAGACUCACCAACAAUCAUCAUCAUCAUCAUCAUCAUCUACAGUCUCAGCACCUGCAGUUACAGCCAUGUACCCAGUUAUGUAUCAGUCCAUGGCUCCAGCAUAUACAGUGACUGCAUCACGUGCACCUGGAGCCAGUUUGGAAGAUUAUCUGAUGUACAGCACAGCACCGCAAUCACCCACAUUCGAAGCAAGUGGAUGCCCAUCAUUACCAAAUACACCUCCUCCAUAUUUGCCACGUCCAAUUAAUGGGCAGCUGCAUUCCAUGACAUCUGAAGAAAUACUUCAACUCUCUGGUGCAACAAACCAGGUUUUAACAAGACCAGUAGUUAUUAACACUGCAAAUGGUCAUCAGUUUCUCUCUAACCAUAUCAGUAUGGUGAAUCCAAAUCAAACAAUGAUGGGAUACAACCCUAAAGUCUUCCAGCAAGGGAGCAGUCAUGGGUCACCUAAUACUGCUGUAAAUGACUGUCUGGGAGCAGAGACAACUAACAUUGUCACAGUGAGACCUGACCUUGGACAGAUGCCUCCUCCAUCUGGUGGUAUUCAUUACACAGAACCCCUGUGGGUACCAGUCUCAUCUGCAAACCAGGCAAAUCCCAAUAUGAUUCCUAGUUCAAGUCAGUGUUUCAACCAGUAUUCAGUUGGCACCCUUGGUGGCCUUCCUGGUUUUCGUCGUGUUUCAACUGCAACUGGAAGUAUCUUGCAGCUGGCCCAUGGCUCACCUCCUCAGUUAGCUUCUGCAGUAAGAACUCCUGGCUAUUACUUCCAGCCUGCUGUAACUCCCCUGCUUCAAGCUGGGAUGAGAUUUGUAUAUGAGACCCAACAGCAACAAGAUGGCAUGGUUUCUCCUACUCGGCAGCCAUUGACUCCAGUGAACUCUGCAGGACCAGCAAGUCCAUCAGAUCGCUGUCACAUAGAUCAUCAUGACGGAAUGAGUGGGCAGGCUGAGCAUAACUAAACAUAUUGUCUUAUACAAAAUUUGUUUACCUUGAAAACAUUUAGAAUGAGAUUGCCAAAGUUUUGAUUUAUGUAAUUAACUUUGUUUCAGAAUUAGCUGUUUGGAAUUUCUGCCAUGUAAUAAGUUACACUGUUUUUUCAAGACUGUUUAUUCAUUUUUAAUCACGCUAUAACAGUCCAACACUUUCUUUAAAUUUGUUCAUUAAUAUGACUACUUGCAGAAUGAAGUGCUGGAAUGAGUAUUAGUGACAGGUGAAGUUUAGUAUUGCUGGAUCAUUACAGUCACCAGAAAUAUAUUUAAUUUGUAUGUUAUGGCAGUCAUUAAAAUAGCAAACAAGUGAUAUUGUAAAUAACAUUUGGAGAGUUCAGUAAAUAAACUUAAGAACAUAAAUAAAGUAAGUAACUUUCUGAAUAUGCUUUUUAAUAAACAAUUUGAGAAGUAUCAUUAAACUGUCAUUAUAUUCUGAUAUGAAUGUAAAAGUGUUAAAUAUAUAAUAUGAAUAGGCUCAGUUUGCGAUACGUUUGAAAAUUCAGUUUUAAGAUAGAAAGACCUUAGAACAAAAAUAAGGAUACUCAAGUAGUAUAUGAAAUAAUUGAUAUUAUGCUGAAGUAAUUUGUACAGUAUUUAAUUAUCAGUCUUUGAAACAGUGGAUCUCUUAUAAGCUUAAAUAACGUGAGAAUUUGUGGUGCAUGUAUGAUUGUUAGAUGUUUAAUUUCAGCAUAAAUUAAUACAGUUAAGUUUCAAAGACUGGUUCGUUUGGAUAUAUGAUAAUGAAAUUGGAAUUAUUAAUUAGUUUUUAAUCCAUCACAGCACUUUUGAAAUCAAUAACUUUCAUAGUGUAAAGAACCAUUCCAUAACAUCUGUUUAAAAUUAAAACAUGCAUCUGAACAAGACUGCAAAAUUGUGCUUUUUAUUAGAUUCAUGUAUAUUUAAAUCUUAUAAUUGGAAAUAAGUUUUUGUGUUAAAUGCAUAAAUAUAAGUGCUUUUAUCAUAAUUCUGCACUACAAUGUCUUAACAUGGCAAAUCUGCAUAUGCUGUACCUUAAUAGUGGUACCUAGUAACAGCUUUGCAACUGCUCUAUAAUCUUUCAGUUUUUAUGUUUUUUCCUUCUGUUUUGCCUUCCUGGUGGCAUUUAUAUCACAAUAAUAAUAGUAAAGACAGAUUAAAAAUGUAAGACUGAAAUACCAGUAAUUUUAAAUGUAUUAUAUUGGAGGUGAUUAUACUGGUAUGUUUAUUUGCAAAUAAAAUUAAAUGGUGAUGGUUGGCUAUAAGAAAUUGAGAGACCUACUGCGUAAGUACAGAAUAAUUAUUUAUUUAAAACACUCUGUUCAUCAGAAAGGAUGAAAUAAUCAUUUUAAGGGUUUAAACAGUAAACUGCAGAGAGAUGAAUGAGUGUUCACAGAUUUAGUUAAAAUUAAUUUGUAAAGUUAAAAACAUCUGGUACUGUUAGUAAUAAAACAAUUGAAUUUAUUGUG